GUUUUAUUUUGAAAGUGAAGGUUUAGCGAACGUAAACAAAGUGCUGCUGCACUGUCUAAAAGACUGUGGCCAUGUCAGCCGCACUGCGUUGCCUGUUGGGAGGCUGCAGUAGCUGGAGGCUGUUGUGCGGUGUCACCCAACAUCCCCUCCACAUCAGAUGCGUCGGCGGUGCAGCUGAAGUGGGCACAAGACCGUCUAAGGAAGAGCAGCUCUGGGAAACAGAGGGAUCCUUGCCCUUUUCUGCAGCCCGUCUCGGACCUUUCUUUCAGGACAGACCUGUCCUCAAGAACCCUUUUUUGGAGGAUGCCUUGCUCAGGGGGUACUUAAGGAGACACCUUCCUCAGGAGGCAGUCUUCUCAGACUUGCGUGCCUUUGGCGAGCGCGUGGCCACUGAGGUGGACGGUUGGGGCAGAGAGUGUGAGGUGACUCCGCCACGCCUGGAACAUUUUGACCCUUGGGGCCGCAGAGUGGACCACAUCUUGACCUCUCCGGCAUGGAAACGCAUGAAAGAGCUGUCGGCGUCUGAGGGAAUGGUCGCCAUCGCCUAUGAGAGAUCGUUUGGAGAGUGGAGUCGGGUUUAUCAGAUGAGCAAGUUGUACCUCUUCUCCCCCUCCGCUGGACUCUACACUUGUCCUCUGGCCAUGACUGACGGAGCUGCCAAGGUCAUUCAGUCCAUAGGAGUUACAUGGCCGGUAGAAGAAGCCUACAAACGACUGACAACACGUCACCCUGAACGUUUCUGGACAUCCGGACAGUGGAUGACGGAGAGACAAGGAGGCUCCGAUGUAGCAAAUGGUACUGAGACAGUGGCAGUUCCCCAAACAGAUGGUUGGUACAAACUCCAUGGCUUCAAGUGGUUCACCUCUGCCACUGAUGCAGACAUGACGCUUACACUAGCCAGAGUGCGCGACAGAGCAGGAGCGACCACCCCGGGUAGUCGAGGUUUGUCUCUGUUCUACGCCGAGGUGAGUCGAGACCAAGAUGGCCGUCUGAGAGGGAUAGAAGUUCAGAGGCUGAAGGACAAGCUGGGAACCAGACAGAUGCCAACAGCAGAGUUACUGCUGGACGGCCUGCUGGCACACAAGCUGUCAGAAGACGGAAGAGGUGUGUCCUCCAUAGCUAACAUGCUGACUAUAACCAGGAUCCACAACAGCAUCUCUGCAACAGCAGCAAUGAGAAGGGUGGUCCAGUUAGCUCGUGACUACGCCACUCGCCGCACUGCUUUCGCAAAGCUUCUUAAAGACCACCCGCUGCACAUGCAGACUCUUGCCAGAAUGGAGGUGGAGACCCGUGGGGCUUUCCUUCUAGUGAUGGACGUGUGUCGCCUGCUGGGCCGAGAGGAGAGCGGCGUCGCCACCCAGCUUGAUGCACACCUUUUGCGUCUGCUCACACCCGUUGUCAAACUCUACACUGGGAAGCAGGCAGUGGCUGUGGUGUCGGAGGGCUUGGAGAGUUUUGGCGGUCAAGGCUACAUCGAGGACACAGGGUUGCCUGGAUUACUUCGGGAUGCACAGGUGCUGAGCAUUUGGGAAGGCACCACAAACGUUUUGUCUCUGGAUGUUCUGCGCUGUGUGGCCCGAAGCUCAGGAAUGGUUCUUCAUGCUUAUUUCACUCACGUCAAAUCCCUACUUGCAGGAGCUUCAGGUGUUUCCUCUCUGAGCCCAGCUGUGGGAGCAGUAGACGGUGCUCUCUCUAAACUGGAGGGUUUUAUCAGGGAGGCAGCAUCCAGACCUACAGGCUACCUGGAACUAGCAGCCAGAGACCUGGCCUACAGCCUGGCACGCAUCUUCACAGGUGCUCUUCUCAUUGACCAUGCAAGUUGGACGGGAGCAUCUCCGUCCGACACCUAUGCAGCUCUCAGGUGGUGUGAACAGGACUUGUGUCCCGUGGUUUCUAACCAGACCAACUAUGAUCCCGACUGUCCAGGACUUGAUGCAGCACUUGUCUUUGACCAGACAACUGAGGGCUAAAACUGACACAUUGUACUUCUAAUGUGACAUGCUGUGCUUCUUAAUGUUUGACCUGCUUAUUAUAUUUUUUAAUAAACUACAUCAAUUAAAAAAAAAAAACAGGACCGAUUUCAUUGUUUUUCAUGUCUAAUGGAAUAGAGAAAAUACAGGCAAACAUUGUAAGUAAUUACUGUUAGUUUA